AUGUUGAAACGUGGAGCUCAAGGCCCUCAGGGAUCUAAAGAAGAUGAGGGCAUUUUCGGGAUGGCUAGCACCCCCGAUGACAAACCUCACCGGGCCACAGCCGCUCAGUUAGCCAACAGAAAGAUCAAGGAUGUUCGUAAACGCCGGGCUCCAACUCCCACAACCGGCGGAGGCGCGUCUGAUACGGCUUCAUUCAACCCUUUCGCAUCCGUGGCCCCGGCCUCGGCGCCAGCACCCACCCCGUCGACUGGGUUCACAUUUGGUCAGACUCAGAGUCAAAGCUUCCCUGGGGCAAGCUCGGGGCCCAGCCAGGGUGGAAUGUUCUCGUCGGGCACUAACGGCCAGGCAGGUGGUCAGGCGUCAUUCAGCUUUGGUGCGGGCCCUACCUCAUUUGGGUCUGCACCAGCGAGCAAUUCUUUUUCUAUAAACACAUCAUUUGGCGGAAACUCUCAGUCGAGUACCAAUGGAUUCAGCUUUGGGGGAUUCAAUGCCGGAAACCAGUCCACUCCGUCGUUCGGUGGAUUCGGAGCGCAACAAAACACAAGCACACCAGUAAAGCCCGCCCUGUUCGGGCAAUCUACAUCACACAUGACUUCACCUGCAGAUGACAGCAUGCAAACUUCGCCCGACACCAAGCCCAAGGGGGCUUCCUUGUUUGCACCAAAGCCAGCCGCAGGUCCAUCGGCACUUGGUACUUCAUUCUCAAAUAUUUCAGGGCAGAGUUCGGCCAGCAAUCCAUUUGCACCGAAGACAACUGCGCUUGAGAAACCGGCCGACAAGCCUGCGGAGACCCAGCCUUUCAAACCUCUUUUCGGGUCAACGCCUGCCGCUUCGAAACCUCUGGAUGCAGACAAGCAGCAGCCAACAGCCAGCAAUCCAUUUGCGAACCUGUCAGGGCCGGCUCCAGCCAGCAGCACUAACCUGUUUGCCCCGAAGACAACGGCGGCAGAGCAAACUCCUACGAAGCCCGCAGAGCAGGCAAAGCCUUUUGGUACUCUUUUCGGUUCGACCUCCAGCUCUCAGCCCUCAGGGUCUACUAGCAACAUAUUUGCUCCUAAGCCAGCGGCAGAAGAACCAAAGGCAGGCAAUCCGUUUGCAACACUGUCGGCGCCAAGUUCAUUUGGGACUUUCUCAUCUCCGAAGGUUACUGGGACCGAAGGUUCUGGAAAGCCUGCCGAGACACGGCCGUUCAUGUUUGGUACACCCGCGGCACCGAAAGUUUCGGAGACUGUAAAAGAGCAGACAGCUCCGCCAGCAUUUGGUAAUAUGUUCUCGCCAAAGCCGGCUGUUGAGAAUGCAACUGCAAAGCCUGCCGGGACACAGCCGUUCAUGUUUGGCACACCUGCGGCGUCGAAGGUUGCGGAGACCGGAAAAGAACAGACUGCUUCGCCAGCAUUUGGUAACAUGUUCUCGCCAAAGCCGGUUGCUGAGAACGCAGCUGCAAAGCCUGCAGCAGACCAGCCGUUCAAGCCCAUGUUUGGAACAUCUGUGGCCGCGAAACCUGUAGAGGCUGAGAAGGAAGAAUCAGCAGUGAGCAGUGUUUUCGCGCCGAAGGUUACAAGUCAAGAGCAGACUCCUGUGCCUGCAGGGACCUCAACAUUCGGUUCAAUGUUUGGGGCAUCUCCUACACCGUCUAAGGUUGGAGAAGAAAAGUCAGCACAGGCGACACCUAUCAAUCCAUUCGCGAGCCUUUCAGGAAAUAACGCGUUCAACAAUUCAUUCUCGCCAAAGCCGACAGAGCAGGCUGCAAAGGCCCAGACACCGAGCACAUCUCUCUUCGGUGCCAGUACAGCAGCUGACAACAAGCUGAAUAAGGACAACAGUGUUGCAGCUCUGAGUAGCCCAUUGACAAACCCAUUCACCGCUGAGCCUAAGGUGUCGAAUGAACCUCAAACGGAAGGAGCGACCAACGCUGUGACCAAAGUUGCGACCAAAGUUGCGACCAACGCUCCUGCCCAAAAAGUGUCGUUCGCGCAAUCGCCGUCGCCACGCGACUCUAAAAGCCCGUCUUGUUUACCUUCUUCUUCCUCUUCUUCUCUCCCCUCCUCCUCCUCAACUUCUACUGUUUCUACAACUUUUACUGCUUCAUAUUCUGACAGUCUUUUCCCUCGACCUGAUUAUUCUUUAUCAAUUGAUCAUUCUUUACCUAAAGACUUUGACGACAUGCCGCUUAAGCGUCUUUUCCCGGAAGACCCGACGGGCGAGCUUCGCGAACGCUCCAUCCUUCUCAUGAAGAUUGGAGCCUUGACCGAGUCGUUCCAGCGUGAGAUCGCCAAAUGUGACCCCAUGACUGAUGAUAUCGACGAAGUCCUCAUUCUUUAUGCUGAACUUCGCCGUGAGCUUGGUGUUCCCAUUGGGUCAAUCAACCCCGAGGAAGAGGCCAAACGUGCCGCCAUCGAUGAACGCGAUGCUGCCAAGGAAGCCCCAGAUGGCUGCGUGCCUCCUCAUAUCCCUACCCCUCCCACCUUCGUGCCUCCUAGUCUUGAGGAGAACCGCCAGGCACAUGCCAAGAAAGCUUCGGGCGGAUCUAGCACUUCCUCCAAGUUCGCGCAAUCCUUCUCCGCUCCCUCUACUCUUCCAGCAGCUACUUCUGCUGAUGCUUCCGCCCCGGUUGCAGCUCAAGUUUCUACUGCUCCUGUUGCCCCGGCUCCUGCUCCGGUGACUACUUCUAUUGCUGGUCCUUCUUCGGCCGCAGCUCCUACUUCGCUAACUGCUUCUAUUGCUGGUCCUUCUUCAGCCGCAGCUCCUGUUGCCCCGGCUCCUGCUUCGGUGACCGCUUCUGUUGCUGGACCUUCUUUGGCCGCAGCUCCUGUUGAAAUCCCUAAGUUCGACGGCGCAGGCACCUCAACCGGCCCUUCUGCUUUCAAAAUUCCCAAGUUCGAUGGCGCAGGCACCUCAACCGGCCCUUCUGCUUUCAAAAUUCCCAAGUUCGGUGGACCAGCCACCGGCGUCAAUUUUGAUGAGCAGAUGAAGGCUGAGUCGGACAAAACCUUGGCUGAUCUUAAGGCCAAGAGAAAGGCCGAAGAGUUUGACUCCGAUGAAGAGACUGAGGAGGAGUGGGAGCGCAGAGAUGAAGAACGUCAGCGUGAGAAGCUCGCUCAAAUCGCAGAGGCAGCUAAAAAGCGUGCCGUUUUUGUCCCUGGGGAGGGUUUCAAGUUCGUUGAUAGUGAUGACACUGCUUCACAGAGCGUCAAGGAGCCUGCCACGUCUGCCGCCCCUGUCACAGCUGCGGGCCGUGCCAGUCCCGAAACCCCUGCUACCCUUCGUUGUCCGUUUUCUACUUUGCCUCCUCCCCCUGGAUCAAACGACUCUGUCUCUUCCUCGCAAGAUCAUCCUCCGUUCCUUAAAUCAUCCACUGACUCGUCUGGAUUUUCAACUAUCGCCGGAUCAGAAAUGCGUUCGCCUGCGGAUGCCGCACUCUUUGGAGGCAAGCCCGGAAGCCCGCCUCCUUUCUUUGGUGCAUAUGGUGCAGGCCCUUCAAGCUCCUCCAGCGAAUCUUCGGUCUUCAGAUCAAAUCGUAAGCCGGUCCCACUCUCGCAGAACAUUUUCGGCAAGCUCAAGCCGACCUCGCCAAAACGCAAGGCCUCUGCAGAUGAGAGUGACGAUGAAAAUGAUUCCCCCCCAAAGAAGGCGAAGUCUACCGAGAACAUCUUCGGCGGGCCCACACCAGCUUCGAACAUUUUCGGGCCCAAGCCUACCUCGCCGAAACGCAAGGCGUUUGCGGAUGAAAGUGACAAGGAAGAUAAUUCCCCCGCCAAAAAGACGAAGCCAUCGCCUCCCCCUCCUUCUGCGGGUGCCAGUUUGUUUGAACGGGUCUCCACUGCAGCACAGCCCGCGAUGGCUUCUGCUGAGUCAACCCCCGUCGGCACUGAUGAUGAGGACAAUGAGUCUGGUGAAAUUUUCGAUCUGGCAAAGGGCAACGGCGGUGAAGAAGAAGAGAUUGUUGUGUUUGAAGACAAAUCCCGCGUUUUCAAGCUUGAGGAUCGUAAAUGGCUCGUCAAAGGAACCGGUCCCGUCCGCCUUCUAAAGCACCCUGUCACUGGACGUGCGCGGAUCGUGUGCCGUGCCGAGCCAAGUGGGAAUGUCACCAUGAACAGUCUACUGAAGAAAGAGUUCGAGUACAUUCCCACCAGCAACAGUGUUCAGUUCCUGCUACCUAAUGAGAGCGGGCAGCUCUCACAUUGGGCAGUUCGAGUGAAGCCUGAGAGACUGCAGGAGUUCCUCAAAUUGGUCCAUGAGAUCAAGAACUAG